CUCUUCCCUUUUGACACACACACACACACAACCCUCACCUGCCGACACUCAACACAAAGUUCCAUCAUGGUGCGUACAGUAGCAGUGAUUGGGGCGGGUCCCUCAGGUCUGACCAGCAUCAAGAGCUGUCUGGACGAGGGUCUGGAGCCCACCUGCUUCGAGAGCAGUGAUGACAUUGGGGGGCUGUGGAAGUUCAAGGAAGUUUCUGAGCCCAACAGAGCCAGUAUCUACCGUUCCCUCACCAUCAAUAUCUCCAAGGAGAUGAUGUGUUUCAGCGACUUCCCCAUCCCAGCUGACUACCCCAACUACAUGCACCACUCCCGUAUCCUGCAGUACUUCAGGCUCUAUGCUGAACACUUCAAACUGCUGCAGCACAUCCACUUCCAGACCAGUGUGCGGAGUGUGAGACAGAGGCCAGACUUCAGUCAUUCAGGCCAGUGGGAGGUGGUGACAGAGAACAGGGAGGGACAGGAGAAGAGACACAUGUUUGACUCUGUCAUCGUCUGCUCUGGUCACUACUCCUACCCACACCUUCCACUUAAAGACUUCUCAGGUAUUGAGUCGUUUGAAGGGAAGUACUUCCACAGUUGGGAUUAUAAGGGUCCAGAGGACCUUCAUGGGAAGAGGGUGGUGGUGAUCGGCAUCGGCAACUCUGGAGGAGACAUCGCUGUGGAGUCCAGCCGGGUGGCCGAGCAGGUGUAUCUGAGCACGCGUCGCGGUGCGUGGGUUAUACGUGUGCUGUCGGACAACGGCUUGCCCGUGGACAUGAAGUAUAACACACGCUUUGUCCACAUCCUGUUCCAACUGCUGCCAGUUAACUGGCUCAGCUGGUUCGGAGAGAAGAAGCUCAACGCCAUGUAUGACCACACCAUGUACGCCCUCAAACCCAAACACAGGUUGUUCAGUACGAUUCCAGUGAUAAAUGAUGAGCUUCCCAAUAAGAUCUUGACUGGUGGAGUCAUGGUCAAACCCAAUGUCCAACAGAUCAGAGGCUCCAGUGUGGUGUUUGAGGAUGGGAGUGUGGUGGACAAGGUGGAUGUGAUUGUGUUCGCUACGGGUUACAACUACGACUUUCCCUUCCUGCCUCCCAACGUAAUGCAUAAGUCUGGCCACCGGUUGGGGCUGUACAAGCAUGUGUUUCCCCCCACCCUGGAGCACCCCACCAUGGCCGUAGUAGGCUUCAUCCAUGCCCUGGGUGCCAUCAUGCCCCAGGCAGAGAUGCAGUCCCGCUGGGUCACACGUGUCUUUAAAGGUCAUAAGAAGCUACCGUCCAACCAGGCCAUGCUGAAGGCUGUGGAGUGCGACACCAAGGACAUGGACAAGAACUACAUCGUAUCCAAGCUGGUGCCGCUGCAGGUGGACUUUGUGUCCUACAUGGAUGACAUCGCUGGAGAGGUGGGGGUCAGACCCAGCCUGGCCUGGCUGUUCUUCACUGACUACCCCCUAUUCAAGAGGGUUCUGUGGGGUCCCGUCACUGCCUACCAGUACCGUAUCACCGGCCCAGGGAAAUGGUCCGGGGCACGCCGAGCCAUCUUCACCCAGUUUGAACGCAUGUUCCAGCCCUUCAAGACCAGACAGGUGGAGGAGAAGCAGGGAUGUUUUGUGGCGGGCCGUCUGCUAAAGCUCAGCCUCACAACGAUGGUGGGAGGAGCAGCAGCCUACUACUUCCACCUCCAACCACCCCCCUCCCUCACCUACCUUCUCUCCAAACUCACUCCUCAGAGAGCCUGAACACCAUCUUCCUCCACCUCCCUCCUCUCCACCCUCAACCCCCAGAGAGCCUGAACACCAUCUUCCUCCACCUCCCUCCUCUCCAUCCUCAACCCCCAGAGAGCCUGAACACCAUCUUCCUCCACCUCCCUCCUCUCCACCCUCAACCCCCAGAGAGCCUGAACACCAUCUUCCUCCACCUCCCUCCUCUCCACCCUCAACCCCCAGAGAGCCUGAACACCACCCUCUUUUCAUCCUAAACCACCUCCAUCCUCUUUUCUGAACACCACCCUCCACUCCUCUCCUCAUGUGAUCUUCAUGAUUGUCAGAACCAUUCCUCUGCUGUGAAGUAUAUUAUUAAAUAUUGUAACUGGA